AUGACAGAUCUGAAUGGUCGCUAUGCUCUCGUGUCUCAGGAAAAUAUGGAGGAAUAUCUGAAAGCAAUAAGUAAGUUGCUAACCUAAGGGGGCAGACAAGUCCUUAGGAGUAUGUAGUGACCAGUGUAAUGCAUUCACCCAAGAGGGGCAGACACAGUAUUAGACGGUCUAAUUUCACAAAUGGAGGAUCCAGCAACGAUGACAUAAAUGGGGCAUGACGGCUACUUAAGAUUGACAAACAAGCCUUUACGAAGUCUUUUGGACCGUGAGAGUAAUGAGGCAAUAUGACAUGUUGGGGACCGUGAGAUUGAGUAACGGAUCAGCAUGAAAUGUUAGUGUAAUGUGUCAAUGUAUCAUAUAUUACAUAUAUUAUAUUUUAUUAUUGUUUUCUAUUUUGUGUGUGUAUAUGAGACUUAAAUUAGACUGAAAUUAAUUUGGAGGAAAAUAAAUGUUGUUCUGUCCGAAAGGAAAUUCGUCCAUUAGUCAAAUAGCUUCUGACGAAACUCGUCCAAUAGUUUGGUUUUGAAGUUUUCAUUAGGAUGAAAGGAAUGCCGCGAUUUUUCAGUGGUUUAGAUGAGUAGAAAAGUCCCUAAUAUGGUACUCCUAUGUGGGAUUGCCAUAUUUAACAGUACCAAAUUAGGGAAGAAAUUUGUUUUGUGCGAUUCUUUCAUUAGUUCAUUCUUCCAUUGUGCCAUUCGGAAUUUGGAUGAAUGAACGAAAUAGCCAGCUUUUGUCCGAAUUGCGAUUCUUCUAAAAACUAAUUUUCAAGUCUAGUGGAUAUUGAGGGUUUCCCCCCACAUUAAGUGUCUGCAGACAUCAUUUCUACUUCAUUACGGAAACAUUGAAACCUUGUCCAUUUAUCUGUAUUUUAUCAAUGUGAUAUAUUUGGGAACCUGUGUAACGAACCAAAGUGACAUUUUGGGGAUCCUGAGAUUGAGUAAUGAAGAGAUGUGACAUGUUAAAGUCUAUGCGAUUGAGUAAAGAAUGAAUGUGGAAUAUUGGGAACUCUGUGAUUCAAGAAUAAGUAAAUGUGGUUUUUUUUUUAUCAAUGUCCCUAUUUCUUGCUGCCUAGAUAUAAACAUAGCUCUAAGGAAGAUAGUCCUUCUUCUACGUCCAGAAAAAGAGUUUGUGGUGGAUGGCAAUCACAUGAUCAUACGAACACUUAGCACCUUCCGAAAUUACAUCAUGGACUUCACAUUGGGGGAAGAGUUUGAAGAAGAUCUGAGUGUCAUUGAUGGUAGGACUUGCAAGGUAAGUGUACAAACUGCAUUUUUGCCUGACGUAGCUCAGGUUAAGUUGACGAAGAAGCAGGAUUUCCACCAGGUACCUAGCAUGGUUUUACAGUCACACAUGGAUGAUGGAUGUUAUAGGACACAAAAAAAGUCCAGACACCGAGAUAUCUCCUCACUGUCCACUUCUUGAGUAUUGAGAGUAUGAGAUAACUUCUCCUCGUUUUCUGUCUGUCAUCUGUUUUUACCUCAUCUCAUUGUUUUGUAUACUGUUUCUCUCCCACAGACAACUGUGUUUUGGGAAAAGGAAAAGCUAGUCUGUGUACAAAAAGGAGAAGUACCAAACCGUGGCUGGAAACAGUGGAUAGAUGGAGAUUUGCUCCAUGUGGUGAGAACCAUCUCAAUGACAUCUAUUCUCUUUACCCUCUAUGAAGGAUUGCAUAGUUACAUAGUAAUAUAGGUUUAGAAAAGACCUCUAAAACCCAUCUUUUGGCAACCACCCCCAAUUUGAAGCUAUUUCCAAUUAUAUCACAAAGGGAGAAUGGAAUAUUUGUCAACUCCAUAAUGGCAAUCAGAUUUCUCGCAUGUUAAUUAUAUCCUUGAAUAUUUCAUAUGUUUCCAAAAAGAUAUCCAGGAUUUUUCUAAAAAAUAUCUAUAGCAUCUAAUAAGACAACCUCUAGUAGUCUAGUACAAUUUGGUUGUAUAUUUGAAUUAUUAUAGAUAAUUCAUUAAAAACUAUGCACAAAAAUAAACAUAAAAUGUAAAAACAAACCAAUGAAUACCUUAGUACUUUGCUUAUUGGACAGGCAGAACCUUCCCACGAGGAUGAGAUACUUCAAUCAGGAGCAUUUUAUUCUGGUCUAUGGGGACUGAUUGUAUCCCAUAAUCAACAAUUCAGCAGAGAUUAUGGGCUAAGUGGUUUAUCCAGACAUUGCAUAAGAAGAUCAGAACUGCUCAUUAAAUGAGCAUUAUAGCACAGAAUUGACUCAAUGCUUUCUUGUGGGGAUUGUGAAGAUAUUGCAUGCCCUCAAGCAAAGUGUGAGGACGUUUAGGGUCGUUUAGAAGAGUCAAACUCUAUGAAACCGCAUGAAACGCCUCUAGUGGCUGUCUGGUAGACAUCCACUAGAGGCAGUCAGAUCUGCAAUGUAAGCUUUGCAGUUUUACUGAAAUGACUGUAGUUUACCUUGCAGAGCGAUGGAGGACAGGAUCUCUUUACCCAAAACACUUCAAUGAGAUGGUCUGGGUCUGGGUGCAUCUAUUGUCUUUUAUGUCUAUAAAUAUGCAUUUUUUCAUGAUUUUUUCAUGGAUACUGUGGGAAAUUACCUAUGAGUGCGGAUCAAUAAAUGUUUUCUGUGCCUCUAUUGUCCCUUUAAACUGAUACCCUAACACAUCUGUUAUCAGUUUAUACAUAGCCUGGUGAGGUGGGUUCUGUUUUUAUAUUAGGUUAGCCCUGACAACCCAGUACUAGGGGUUUUGUGCUGCCUGAUUGACAUCCUCGGGGGUUAUAUUAUAGUGGCAGUGUUUUUUUACGGAUUGCUCCAAUCCUUACCUCAGACUGCACCCUACUCCCCACUGUAAUAAACACUAAGCAUAUUACCUACAUGACACCCUCUCCUAGAUUUCAUUCUUUAAGACACUUUAUACCAGCGUGUGAUGGUACAGAGUGCCUCAAGUCUGUUUAGAGGUUUUUGGAACUACUGCCCUAAUACCUCACAAUCUCCUAAUUCCUAUUUAUCAACUAGUAACACCAAUACCAGCCUAGACUGCAUUCUAGCCACAGCUCUAUAUAACACACAAUGACACCCCAUACCCUCCUACAUUAGACUGCAUUCUAGCCACAACUCUAUAUAACACACAAUGACACCCCAUACCCUCCUACAUUAGACUGCAUUCUAGCCACAACUCUAUAUAACACACAAUGACACCCAAUACCCUCAUACAUUAGACUGCAUUCUAGCCACAACUCUAUAUAACACACAAUGACACCCCAUACCCUCCUACAUUAGACUGCAUUCUAGCCACAACUCUAUAUAACACACAAUGACACCCAAUACCCUCCUACAUUAGACUGCAUUCUAGCCACAGCUCUAUAUAACACACAAUGACACCCCAUACCCUCCUACAUUAGACUGCAUUCUAGCCACAACUCUAUAUAACUUACACAAUGACACCCAUACCCUCCUACAUUAGACCAUUCUAGCCACAGCUCUAUAUAACACACAAUGACACCCCAUACCAUCCUACAUUAGACUGCAUUCUAGCCACAGCUCUAUAUAACACACAAUGACACCCCAUACCCUCCUACAUUAGACUGCAUUCUAGCCACAACUCUAUAUAACACACAAUGACACCCCAUACCCUGCUACAUUAGACUGCAUUUUAGCCACAGCUCUAUAUAACACACAAUGACACCCCAUACCCUCCUACAUUAGACUGCAUUCUAGCCACAGCUCUAUAUAACACACAAUGACACCCCAUACCGUCCUACAUUAGACUGCAUUCUAGCCACAACUCUAUAUAACAAACAAUGACACCCCAUACCCUCCUACAUUAGACUGCAUUCUAGCCACAGCUCUAUAUAACACACAAUGACACCCCAUACCCUCCUACAUUAGACUGCAUUCUAGCCACAACUCUAUAUAACACACAAUGACACCUGAUACCCUCCUACAUUAGACUGCAUUCUAGCCACAGCUCUAUAUAACACACAAUGACACCCCAUACCCUCCUACAUUAGACUGCAUUCUAGCCACAACUCUAUAUAACACACAAUGACACCUGAUACCCUCCUACAUUAGACUGCAUUCUAGCCACAGCUCUAUAUAACACACAAUGACACCCAAUACCCUCCUACAUUAGACUGCAUUCUAGCCAGAACUCUAUAUAACACACAAUGACACCUGAUACCCUCCUACAUUAGACUGCAUUCUAGCCACAGCUCUAUAUAACACACAAUGACACCCCAUACCCUCCUACAUUAGACUGCAUUCUAGCCACAACUCUAUAUAACACACAAUGACACCCCAUACCCUCCUACAUUAGACUGCAUUCUAGCCACAGCUCUAUAUAACACACAAUGACACCCAAUACCCUCCUACAUUAGACUGCAUUCUAGCCAGAACUCUAUAUAACACACAAUGACACCUGAUACCCUCCUACAUUAGACUGCAUUCUAGCCACAGCUCUAUAUAACACACAAUGACACCCCAUACCCUCCUACAUUAGACUGCAUUCUAGCCACAACUCUAUAUAACACACAAUGACACCCCAUACCCUCCUACAUUAGACUGCAUUCUAGCCACAGCUCUAUAUAACACACAAUGACACCCCAUACCCGCCUACAUUAGACUGCAUUCUAGCCACAGCUCUAUAUAACACACAAUUACACCCCAUACCCUCCUACAUUAAACUGCAUUUUAGCCACAGCUCUAUAUAACACACAAUGACACCCCAUACCCUCCUACAUUAGACUGCAUUCUAGCCACAACUCUAUAUAACACACAAUGACACCCCAUACCCUCCUACAUUAGACUGCAUUCUAGCCACAACUCUAUAUAACACACAAUGACACCCCAUACCCUCCUACAUUAGACUGCAUUCUAGCCACAACUCUAUAUAACACACAAUGACACCCAAUACCCUCAUACAUUAGACUGCAUUCUAGCCACAACUCUAUAUAACACACAAUGACACCCAAUACCCUCCUACAUUAGACUGCAUUCUAGCCACAACUCUAUAUAACACACAAUGACACCCCAUACACUCCUACAUUAGACUGCAUUCUAGCCACAACUCUAUAUAACACACAAUGACACCCAAUACCCUCCUACAUUAGACUGCAUUCUAGCCACAACUCUAUAUAACACACAAUGACACCCCAUACCCUCCUACAUUAGACUGCAUUCCCACACAACUCUAUAUAACACACAAUGACACCCCAUACCCUCCUACAUUAGACUGCAUUCUAGCUACAACUCUAUAUAACACACAAUGACACCCCAUACCCUCCUACAUUAGACUGCAUUCUAGCCACAACUCUAUAUAACACACAAUGACACCCCAUACCCUCCUACAUUAGACUGCAUUCUAGCCACAGCUCUAUAUAACACACAAUGACACCCCAUACCCUCCUACAUUAGACUGCAUUCUAGCCAGAACUCUAUAUAACACACACUGACACCCCAUACCCUCCUACAUUAGACUGCAUUCUAGCCACAACUCUAUAUAACACACAAUGACACCCAAUACCCUCCUACAUUAGACUGCAUUCUAGCCACAGCUCUAUAUAACACACAAUGACACCCCAUACCCUCCUACAUUAGACUGCAUUCUAGCCACAACUCUAUAUAACACACAAUGACACCCAAUACCCUCCUACAUUAGACUGCAUUCUAGCCACAGCUCUAUAUAACACACAAUGACACCCCAUAUCCUCCUACAUUAGACUGCAUUCUACCCACAACUCUAUAUAACACACAAUGACACCCCAUACCCUCCUACAUUAGACUGCAUUCUAGCCACAACUCUAUAUAACACCGUGCUCAAGCUUCCAUCAGAUUGUCUCCAGUCCCAACCGUGUGUAAUCCCCCUGCAUCCUCAUUGAGCCUCCUACAUGAGAUUGCUGGUCUAUCUAGGUGCAUCAAAUAAAUGUGCAGAUUAAUUAGAUAGCAAAUUAACCUUACGUUAAAAGGUGUAAAUGGUGCAUGAAUGGUGCUUUAACUGGAAAUAUGCCAGGGAAUCAGUGAUACUUCUCGCUGAUUUCCUAAUGCUUGGAUAAACUGAACGCAUGAAAAGAAAAUCCUACCCACAGAUAGUCACAAUGCCCAUGAGGACCGAACUUGUGCAGAUCCAUUUUCACAGAUUGCCAGCGUGUAAAGUUAGAAGGUCACCAGAAGGAUAAGUCUCAGACAGUUUUUCAAGCUCGUACAGAGGACUAGAAAGAAAAUCAUCAAUAAAGCAAAGCAAGAAGCAUUGUGGUUUUCAUGCAUUUUAAAAGUCUUCCGGGAUGCUUAGUGCAAUUAGAUUGGUUUCUAGUAAUUCGUUUCCCAAGCAUGUUCUGUCACUUUAAAGAAAUCGGAAUCUAUAGCUACCACCUGCUAUACAUCGUGGGACAUUGAGACUAGGAGAUAGUAUCUCCUUUCCAGAAUAAUUGUAGCCUUUGUCAAUACAACAAAACAUAGUGUUACAGUAUAGUUGUUAAAGGGACACUACAGGCACCCAGACCACUUCAGCUCAUUGAAGUGGUCUGGGUGCACUAUUCAUAUCCCACUUAGUCCUGCAAUAUAAAUGAUUACAUUGCAGGACUAAGACUGCCUCUAGUGGCUGUCAGUGCUUAAUGCAGAAUUAUCCUAUAUGGGAACUGCGAACUGUGACUCUAAUUGCUGUCUUACCUGGUGUAAAGAAGUUAACAACAGCGAAAAUCCAGUUUAUCACAUUGUAUACAUCGUCGCCAUCUCCUGUUAAGGCCAAUCAAAAGUACGCACUCCGGGUGAGACUUUUUUUUUUUGCCGGCAAGGUGUGGUUUCUGUGUAUGUUUCUGUGUAUUAUCAACUAGCGUCUAAACUGGAGGUGCUUAGUAUCUUUGUGAGCAAACGUUAUUGGUGGUCAGCCAGUAAAAAAUACCAAAAAGACUGAAAAAUGCUCUGUAAUUACUGCUGCUUAUGCCAGCCGUUUACUGACAAGGGCCUCAUUUUUAUUUACUGUUUUUGUAUAAACUUUUCAAAUGGUUAAAUAUUUUUGGAUAAACUUUUGAAAUCAUUUAAUAGUAUGACUAAUAUUUAAAUUUUGUAAAGGUUUGAUUUUUUUUAGAUAAAUUUAUAUAUUUUUUACAUAUAUUAUUUAUUUAUUGAUAUUUUAAUAUUUUAAAAAAAAGAAAAAAAAAGCUUUUCCAAAAAUAUUAAAUCGAGGCUGUGAUGGACUACCUAGCACCCCAACCGUCAAUCGCUGCUUCCUAGUAAUCCUUGAGUACUAUAAGCACCGCACCGGACACUAUAAUCACCGCAAACCCCACAAACCGCCGCAGCUUUGUUGGGGUCUCGCUGUCCUUCACCCACUCUGGACCCAAGACCAGGAUCCAGCUUCCAGUGGGUAGACCUCUCCUAGUCUAGAGAACGAAGCAGGCUGCUCUUACAAGAACAAUUGUUGUGAUCCAAGGGAGUAUAGUGAUUAUAGCAAUCCCCAGAGUGAAUAUUGCUCUCCAAUCCCCCAAACACGAACCUAGACUUCAUGAAGGGUAAAAUGGCAGCCACAACUGGCCUUAUAUGCAGGUCCCCAUGCAAGGAGCACUUCCCCCUGGACCUGAGAGUAGACUACAGUAAAAACAUAUACACGAUUACAUUGACUCUCAGGUCCAGGACACUCCCAUACAAAAUAGGUCAAUCCCUCCCCUAUGCCUGGGAGAUAAGUAGUUCCAUGAACUCGACAAUGUUUUCAUGCUAGCAAGAUGGCCGCCACCCUGUGGUCAUUCAUAGGAAAUGCGGCCACCCAGAUAAACACUUAGAACACUGCGGUGGAAAUUAGGCUUAACAAGCUCCAGGGUGGUCUCCGGUUUGUGCGGCUGUUCGGUUCCUGAACCAAAUAUACAAUCCCACGAAGUCUGUUCACAUAGUUUUUUUUUUAAAGGGCCCAUAGUCUUUUGGUAAGAGGCUGACCAGCAGGCCCUCCAAAGAACACGUGACGAGGCUCAGUUCGUCACAGAGGCCAAGGUUGGAAAUUAGAUAAAAUUGGCAAGUAUGUUAAAUAACAAAGGUAAAAAAAAUUACUUGUGAAAUAACUUUCUAUUCUAUAGAUUUGCUUGAAAUUGGUUAAACCAAUGUUGCGAUGGAAUGUAUUCUCUUAAUGUAAGCUUGGUUUAUUGUAAAGAACACAAUCAGAGGUCUUGAAAUAUAUUGAAGAGCACAAGUAGCCAAUCAGAAUACAGCUUUGAUUUCAAUUUGUCCACUUAGCGUUCCAUUUUUCUUGUUUUUCCCUGCUGUUCUAAUUACAAGCUUCCUCUAAAAUGUAGGGUUCUAAAGCAGUAAAUGAAAAUAAAUGCAAUUAGUUUGACAAACAUAGUAACAAUUUAAUUCAGGAUGAAAAUAGUCCUAAUACAAUCAGGAUAUCACACAUCACUGCUUCUGAAUUCUUUUUUUUUUUUUAUUUAAAGAAGACACUACCCAUUAAAUAGAUAUUCCAAGAUGUAGCAUAUUAAUGCAUUACGGAGAUAAUGCAUUAAAAAUGCAAUAAAUAAAUAAAUAAAAAUGAAAAAUAAAAUGACAUAAAAUCCUUUCUCUGAUUUUAAAGCAAAUUGGAAGCUUCUGUAUACAACUUCAUUAUCCUAUAUACACGUCAACUCUAUCCACUUAGCUACUGAAAUGACCGAGUCACUUAAAGGGACGCUGUAGGCACUAUCACCAUUUUAUCUCAUUGAAUUGGUUAUAGUGCUUUGAGCCCAAUGGAACUGUACCUCCAAUCAGUGUUAAAUCAUUUUGAGCAGAUUAACACAAAAUAAGGUUCCCUGGCCACCCACAGCUUGGCCCAUACCUCUAGCCGUACCAAUUCGUACCUCCAGUGGAUGGCUGUGUUAGACUGAAAGUGUUGACCUGGCACUCUCAGCCAAUCACAGCCACCCAAUGCUGCUCAGGGUAAUGCUCCCCCAUUAGCCCAAGCAGCAGAGAGGGCAUGGACUCCUGGGGACUCUCGUUUAGCAUUAGAAUAUUUUUUAAAAAAUGUUUAAUACUGAAUGGAAGGAUGGAGGCAGGUGAUUGCAAAAACUAUAACCAGUUCAAUGAGCUGAAGCUGUUACGGUGAGUAGAGAUUCACUUUACUACUCUAUCCAGCCACAUACUGUGUCUAACCUGCUGCUAUGUCCACCCUGCGAUCCAUCUAUUCUUUAUAUUAAUUACCUCAUCCACCCAGCCCCUAACUUGUCUAUUUACUAAACUUUUAUUUACAAUAAUCUCAUAACCUUAUCUAAUCACCCACUCUGCCCAUCCAGCUACCCACCUGUUCUGUCCACCCAUGUUCUGUGUACACCCAGUCACUGCAUUGACCCAUCUAACUAUUCUAGCCACCAAGGUGAGCCUUCCUCCAGGUACUGUAUCCACCCAUCUACCUAUGCUAUCCACCAAAUUAUUUCAUCAUCAAGCCUCCCAUCUACUUUAUAAGCCAAGGCUAUCUAUCCAUGCAGGGACACCAUCCACAGACUCACACAAUGUAACCAGACAACACAACCAUAUACAGGGCAUAACUAGAAACUGUAGGGCUUUGGUGCAAGAAUCAAAAAAGCUCUAAAAACAACAACUUUUCAAUCCUCUCCUCUGCUCCCUUCUCCUCUUCUCCUCUUUGCCGCCCCUUCCCUCCCCCUCCCCCCCAUGGUAAUUGUGUGAGGGGUUAGCCUAGUGACUGUGCGGUGGUUGACAUAGUGUGAAUGUGUGUGAGGUUGACAGAUUGUGGUUGGCAAAUGGCUGAGUGUGAAUGUGUUUGAGGUUGGCUGAGUGUGUUUUAUUGUUGGCUGGGUGUGAUUGUGUGUGGAUGUGGGGCUGUGCUUAUUAUUAUUAUUUUUUUAAUUCUUUAUUUUGAAAAAGAGUCUAAGAAAACAUACAGCAGAUAUAGCACACAAUAUUGGAAACACCGAAACAUGAAAACAUUGCCCGACAAUUAUAUACAGCACGAAAACAAGUGCAAAAUAUAACCCCCCAACAAUACAACAAAUAGCAGCUGCAUAAAAAAAGAACAAAACUUGCAGAAAACACAUGGAAUAAAUACGGAGUGUGUAAAGUUGCCUGUGUCACACAAUGCAUUGCGGAGCCCUGUUCAGGCAAAAAAAAGAAGAUAGAGGAUAGAGAGAAGAGGAAUAUGAAAAUAGAAGAAAAGAGGGUGAAAAGUAGUAAUGGCAACUUGGCAGCAGUGCUGUUACUCAGUGAAUGUGCUCCAAGACGGCGAUGGAGCAUUCACCAAGCGCGCACUCACAAACUUUAAAAGGUAUUUAACAUAUUACUAAAAUAGCCAUAAGCUAAAUAAUAAUACUGCAAGGGGUGGUAGAAGAUGACAGGCCUGAUCCCCUCUCGACUGGUGGAACUCCAGGGCCCGAUCGCCAUAGUGACUGUUGCAACCCUCUUAGUUACGCCACUGCAGCUAUUCUUGCUUCAUCUUCAACAAAUCCCUUCCCAGGUGCCCAUCCAGCCUCAUCCUAAUAUCGGUUUUAAUUAUUUGUUUCUACAUCUCCAUGGUCUCACAUUUUUUCUGUUUUUCUAAUUUCUUCUCAGGAGCUAACAGCAAGAGACGUGUUAAGCAAACAGACCUUCCGUAAGGUAGAAUGACCGGAUGACAACUUACCAGCUCAGCCAAACUCACCAUAACCGCUGGUACUCAGCAUGUGACUCUGAGCCUUCUCUGCCUGACCUCUUACUUUACCUGAUUAUAUCACAGACUCCAACGCUGCUAAUUACUGUGUCUGGAUGGAUCGCCAGAUCUGAGCGGCAUUCUUUACACAAACACAAAACACAACGAUAAUGUCAUUCUUUAAAUUGAACAUGAAACGAAUCAACCAAAUUACAACUGCAUUUUUUAACAAUAAAAUUAUCCGACACCGAACACUAAUUAUAGUUACUUCUCACAACAGCAAAGUCUUCCUACGAGAAUGUAAAUCAUGACUUUGGGAUUUGGAAAUAUAUAUAUAUAUAUAGAUGGAGGUAUAUGAAGGUUAUAGGUUAUACUGGGUCACUGAGAUUGAGGUUCAGGGAGAUGAUUUUCAAUCAUAGAUGGUGGAAUUGGGAUCAUAUUGGGCAAUAGGAAAACCGUUGAUAAAGGUUGCAUGGAAUUGGAUGUUUAUAGUGUAACAUAGUGAUUUAUAGACUGGGCUGUACCAGCAAUAGAAGGAGUUAUCAGGAACAAUCAGAGGACUUAUGUGGAGGGUUAAAAGGUGUAGUUAUAGGGAAAUGAUAUAUAUGGAGUAACAGAGGGAGUUAUAGGAAGGUUUGCAUAAAACAUUAUGGUGUGUUCUAUUGAGGUUUACGAUAGAGGUGUUAUAGGUAGGUUUACAAUAAAGGUGUUAUAGAGAGGUUUACGAUAGAGGUGUUAUAGGUAGGUUUACAAUAAAGGUGUUAUAGAGAGGUUUACGAUAGAGGUGUUAUAGGUAGGUUUACAAUAAAGGUAUUAUAGAUAGGUUUACAGUAUAGGAAGGGUUAUAGGGAGGGUUUUAUGGAUCAAUAUAAAGAGUUAUAAGGAAGAAGCUAUAUGAGGUAAUGGAAGGGUUAUAGGAAUGGUUAUUUAGAGUUAGAAGAGGAGUUGUUUGGAGGUUUCUUGGAGGAAGAAGAGAAGAUACAGAGAGCAUUAUAUGGAUCAAUAUGAGCGUUAUAAGGAGAGAUGUAGGAAUCAAUAGGAAGAAUUAUAGGGAGGUUAAAGUACACUAAAAUAGUUAUAAGGAACGAUGAAGAAUUAAGUAUGAUUUUAUCGAGUAAUACUUUAAAAAAUAUAUUUUUUUGUAAUAAUUGAAAUAAAUAUAAGAGGAAAAAAAAUAUGUUCUGUCAACUUUCUGAUAUGUUCAUUAGUAGAUGGGUUGUUGCUUGGUAGCUUGAAUUACACGGAACAAGGUUUGUGAGUGCUCGCCAACAAUUACACAACUUGCACACUUCACUGGGAAACAAACUGUACCUGGAUGGAAAGUGUCUGCCCAUUGGCAUAUAAAGACCCCCCACCUACCGGGACACAGGGGGCCUGGAUUACAAAGUGCCCAAUCGCCUAGGAUACGGAUUGCCUAAACCCCUGGGGUACAAAUUGCCUCCAAUAAUAGCCGCCCUAAUCUGAUUGGGGUACAAAAUGCCCACCUACUAAAAUACAAAGUCCAUGGAUAAAUGGGAUAUAAAAAUCCCAGCGAUUAGGAUACAAAGUGACUGACUGGGAUACAAAGUACCUACCCACAGGCUGUAAAUAAUAUGCCCCUGUGGUAAAAAAAAAACCUUUAUGGAUUACUGCCUUUUAUGUCUCUAUAUCAAUGGGCUAUUAAAUAUUUAUACAUUUUAUAACAUACAUACUACUACUUUGCUGGGUUUCCCAUUUAUGAGCAGAGCAAGAUUUAUGUUAAGGAUUUGUGUUUAAUCUAACUGAAGAUUAUAUCAAGUAUUUUUAUUUUAAUUCCGUCACAUCUUCACUCUGAAUAUGACAUUAUAAGCUAAAAUAGCCAAAUGUGAAGUAUUCCCAUAUUAUUUAUGUUUUAAGUUGGGCUAUUUUGGCCUCAGAUUUAAAAUUAAUUUUUGUAUUCUAGACCAUUCACACAUCAAUAAAUAAGCCUGUGAAAUUUCGCUAGGGCCAACCAGCACACACACAGACACACUCAGCCCUCAGCACAACACAAAGUCUCACACACAACACUCAGCCAAUAUACACACAAACCUUCAGCCACACACACUCACAAUUCAGCCAUCAUACUCAACACUUAACCAGCACACACACAGAUGCACUCAGCCCUCAGCACAACACUCAGCCAAUGUACACACAACCUUCGGUCACACUCAGACCUCCCCACACACACUCAUAAUUCAGCCACAAUACUGAACACUUAACCAGCACACACACAGACACACUCAGCCCUCAGCACAACACAAAGUCUCACACACAACACUCAGCCAAUAUACACACAACCUUAAGCCACACAUUAAGACCUACACACACACACAAAAACACACACACACUCACAAUUCAGCCACCACACACAACACUCAACACUUGGCAGCUAAACUUCACUUCUCUGGAAAUGACAUCAUUGGAUAAAGUAUUGCAAACACUCUAUAACUUAUGUUAGCCUUUUUAAUCAGAUGUUCUAUUUCCUUGUAAACAUAUAUUACAGAUUUAGCAAUUGAUAUCGCAAUGUAGUUCACUCCUGGCAUAGCCAGGGCACUUAUCAAAUUAAAGGAGGACACACAGAAACACUGGUGGAGAUUUUUUGUUGCAAAUUUGACACGCUGCAUUUCCUUGUUUUUCUUGGCACUUUCUUGGAGAUAUUUACUAAGUUUGUUGAAUUUUUCUAUUUGAUGCUUGUCUUACUCCCAUUCCGUCACGUUUUAACAUACGCCAUUUUUUGUGCGGCAAUACAGAUGCGUAUAUCUUUCUGUCCAUUUUUCCUCCAGAAAUGUGUUUUGAUUUGAUUCUCUUUUUUACACCAGUCUAAACUAUAUAACGGAUAAGAGACCAAAAUAAAGGAACACCAUUAGAACACUAUUUGGGUGAUUUGCUAAAGUGAGAAUUCAUAGUGAACUAAAAUGUAAAACCAGGGUAGUCGAACUGAAGGCAUUGCUGGCAUUGCAUUGCUAUAUUUACCUUAAAUCUAACAAUCUGUUUAAAUUCUCUCUUCAGUCAGUAUCCCUGCUUUAGUUUCUCCUCGUAUCUCUGUCACUAUUCUGACUGCCAGGUGCAAAUGCUUCUUUUAUAUCAAUAACUGACUGGAAGCUAAGACAGAGGCUCUCAUUUCCAGAUAAAGAGUGUGGGUUCCUAAGUUUAAAUUUAUUUUUCACACCUCACAUACAUUUACACUUUCUCAUGGCUGAUGCUAACAUGCUAGUAGAUGUUUGCAGCUAAAAAAUACCGACACGGAAAUCAGUUUACAGAUACACCAGGAAUAUCUAUUUAUCUAUCUGUCUGUCUACCUAUCUAUCUGUCCGCGUGUCUGUCUGUGUGUCUGUCUAUCUAUCUAUCUGUCUGCCUGCGUGUCUGUCUGUGUGUCUGUCUACCUAUCUAUCUGUCCGCGUGUCUGUCUGUGUGUCUGUCUAUCUAUCUAUCUGUCUGCCUGCGUGUCUGUCUGUGUGUCUGUCUAUCUAUCUAGAGUUUGCAGUUAUCAACUUCUAUUUUUCGCUUUACAUCUAGAUGUGGCAGACUACACUUUUUAGCGAGACAGCUACAGGUAGUAAGAUUUACUGUCUAGCAUAGAAAGUGAGGCAUCACAUAUUAGUCUUGUGGAAGGAAGGCCUUUAAAUCUAUCAGAAGAUAUUAAAAAGUUUUGGAGUGAGUAAUUACAUUUUGUAGCAUAAAAGCUCCAACCGGUAUUAACUAAUGAUAGAUACAGCUAUUUAGCAUAUGCUGCCUAAUAUUACAUGAGGGCAUUAAAGAAUGGUAAACCAUCCCCACAACUGGAGAAUUGUAAGGAUUGUACAGAUUCUCCAAAACAUCAGGAGAAAUGUAUAAAUGUGAAUCAUUGUAAAAGCAUGUCAAAGAAAAAAAAAGUAAUUGCCAUGAGAAUGUCCUGAUAGUUCUAUUGGAGAUUACCCCUCUCGUCCAAAUCAAACAGCCUUUAUGGUAGCACUUCGCUCGUUUCUUUGUGUAUUUCUUUUCGCAAUACUGUAGGUUUAGUGGAUUCAGAAAAGCAGAGGGGGACACAAAUAAUGUCUGACUACUGUGUAACUCUCAUGGUUCUACACUUAAAGGACCACUCAAUGAAGUGGUCUGGGUGCCAGGUCCCCCUAGUUUUAACCCUGCAGCUGAAAAGAAAAACUGCUAUGUUUACAUUACAGGGUUAAUCCAGCCUCCAGUAGCUGUCUUCCUGACAGCCACUAGAGGCCACUUCCACGAUUUACACGGAGUAAAUCACACUUAUUUGACGCUGGACAUCCUCACGGAGUCCCGUGUCCAAAAAGAUCCCCAUAGGAAAGCAUUGAGUACUGCUUUCCUAUGGGCGGGUUUCAGGGCCGGACUGGCCCACCGGGAUACCGGGAAAUUUCCCGGUGGGCCGUCGGCACCUGGGGCCGGCCCUUUAAGUACUGCAGCCGCCUGAGCGCUCUGUGAAGAGCGGUCAGGCGGCUGCAGCUUCUCCCCUGUAGCGUGGCCGAGCUGCACUCCGGUCCGCGGUGGCCGGCCGGCCGGAGUGAUAGGAAGGUGCACACUCGGUGUGCACCUUCCUGUCAGUCCGGCCGGUUACAGGAAACAGAAACUCCUGUUCCGCUGGAGUUUCCUGUUACUAACUGGCCGGACUGACAGGAAGUGCACACUCAGUGUGCACCUUCCUAUCACUCGCCGCGGCCACCGCGGACCGGAGUGCAGCCUCGGCCACGCCUACAGGAGGGGUAAGAAGAGAGGGAGGAGGGGGGAAUAAGAAGAGGGGAGGGGGAAAAAAGAGGGGGGAAUAAAAAGAGGGGGGAAUAAAAAGAGGGGAGGGGGAACAAGAAGAGGGAGGGAGGGACAAGAAGAGGGAGGGGGAACAAAAAGAGGAGGGAACAAGAAGAGGGAGGGGGACAAGAGGGGAGGGAAUAAAAAGAGGGGAGGGAGGGAUAAGAUGAGGGGAGGGAGGGAUAAGAAGAGGGGAGGGAGGGAUAAGAAGAGGGGAGGGAGGGAAUAAAAAGAGGGGAGGGGGAGGAAUAAGAUGAGGGGAGGGAGGGGAAUAAGAUGAGGGGAGGGGGGGAAUAAGAUGAGGGGAGGGGAAUAAGAAGGGGGGGGAAUAAGAAGAGGGAGGGAGGGAUAAGAAGAGGGAGGGAGGGAUAAGAAGAGGGGAGGGGGGAAUAAGAUGAGGGAAUAAGAAGAGGGGAGGAGGGAAUAAGAUGAGGGGAGGGGGGAAUAAGAAGAGGGGAGGGAGGGGAAUAAGAAGAGGGGAGGGAGGGGAAUAAGAAGAGGGGAGGGAGGGGAAUAAGAAGAGGGGAGGGGGGAAAAAGAGGGUGGGAAUAAGAAGAGGGUAGGGAGGGGAAUAAGAAGAGGGGAGGGGGGGGAAUAAGAAGAAGGGGCAGCUCUAUAGGACAAGGGCCAAGACAGGGAGCUCUUUCACACUACGCGCGCACACACACACAAUGCAUCCCCUAUACAUACACAGAAGCACAACAUGCUUCCCUUACACACAGAGAAACACACAAUGCAUCCAUUACACACACACACACACAAUGCAACCCUUACACACAAAGACAAUGCAUCCUUUGCACACAUACACAGAAACAGACAAUGCAAACCCGUACACACGCAUGCAAACACACACUUCUUUUCUUACAUACACACAGAAACACAAUGCAUCUCAUGCACACACAUACAGACACACACCUUGCAUCCCUUAUGCAUACAAACACAGAUUCACACAAUGCAUCCCUUACACACAACCAGAAACACAUAAUACAUCCCUUAUACACAAAUACACACUGCUUCCACUACACACAAACACACUGCAUCACCUGCACAAACUGGUAACCCUAAACACUACAUACCAUAAGCACACAUAUUAGAUCCUCUACAAUAACACAUAACACAUCCCCUACACACUCCACUCCCUGUGAGCGAACUCAUGGGUGGGUGGAACUUAUGAGUGGGCCUUAUGGGCAUACUCACCGUCAGGCCCUGGGGCCCAGACCUUGAGCUGUGUAAGGGGCCCCCAAAAAAUUGAGCUGCUUCCAAUUCUCCCAGAACAUUGAAUUUUGUGACCACAGUUGCAAACAGCCUCCAGAGAUCCUGUUCUACACCAGACCAGUGGAGCCAAACUGCAGCCCAUCAUCAUCCUCAUCUGCUUGUAAGUAGGCAAUCUAGUAUAUUAUUAGUGACACUAAUCUAUAAUUUACCUCACAUUAAAGGGACACUAUAGCUUAAUGAAGUGGUUCUGGUGUCUAUAGCUGGUCCUUGCAGGCUUUUUAAUGUAAACACACACUGUGUGCAGCACUGGCGUUAGUUCAUAUGGCAGGUCAUAUGGGUGGGGCAUUGUGAUGUGACAUGUGGGGGCAGCAAAUUUUUAUUUUGUCUAGGGCGGCAAAAAUCCUUGCACCGGCUCUGAUCCUGGGCAGGUGCACCAGUCUACUUGACUGGUUUUGCCCCCCAGGCCUAAGGCUGCCAGCCCUCCCCUGGCCGCUGGGGAGGUCUUUUGGCGGCCGCUGGCGGACUUGUCCUGGCGGCCGCUGAGGGAGCUGCGCGAGCUGCGCUGGCUCUGCUCCCCAGCAUGCAGCUGAAUGAGACCGGCGCCGGAAUAUGACGUCAUAUUCCGGCGCCAGUCUCAUUCAGCAGCGCGCGAGGGCGGGAGGGCACUAACACAGGAAGCACCUCUAGUGACCGUCUGAGUGACUGUCACUAGCAGUGUCACUUUGAAGCAAUGUAAACACUGCCUUUUGUCUGAAAAGUCAGUGUUUACGUUGAAAAGCCUGUAGGGACAUGCUAUAGACACCAGUACCACCACAUUAAGCUGUGUGUGUGUGUAUCAAUGAGCUUGUGUGUGUCACUGAAAUGUCAGUGAAAUUGCCUGUGUCUGCAUGUGCGUAUGCUUACUGUAUAAUUAAACGUUUUACCCUGAAAGGACCAAUAUUUUAUAUUAGAAAAAGAAAUAUAUAUAUAUAUAUAUAUAUAUAUAUAUAUAUAUAUUACUCAAUCAUCUGUCCUGGCAAGACAUAGCCUUACAUAUUACACGCGACAAUAGAUGGCGCAGUGACUUAUGGGGCUGGCACAAUUUUUUUUUCCAGGGCUGCUUUGUAUCCCCAGUCUGGCCCUGGUGGGUUUGAAUGGGCGAGUGCGUCUGGCCAUGCAUGAGCAUUUGGCUCCACUCGGGAGCUGACGUCGAUGGAGGAGGAGAGAUCACCAGUGCCGAGGGAGCCCGGCGCUGUAUUAGGGUAAGCAAAGAAAUGGUUAAUUAACCAUUUAUUCACCACAGAAUGGGGCUCUUGUCCCCUAAACGGUGACUAGGGCUCUAUAGCAUUAGGAAUAUAUAUUUGUAUUCCUCACGAUAUAGUGUUCCUUUAAGUGCCAAUUGCUGAGAAUUCAAAGUGAAUUUAAAAUUUAAGGUUAAAAUAGCCAAAAGGAAAACAUAAUUGAUUUGGAGAAAUUUCCCAAUUCGACAAUUUAGGCCUGUUUUGAAUUCCCAAUAAUUCUCACGUUAGUGAAUAUUUAUGUCUAUUUGUAACAGACGUCGGAGAGCGGAGAGAGGCACAGAUACUGGGUAGCAUCAGGGCUAUUUAGUAAAGUGAGAAUUCAAAGUGAUUUUCAAAUUUAGGGUCAGACAGCCAGCUUGGAUAAAUUCUCAGUCAGUUUCCUGUUUGGCUACUUGGGCUAUAAAUUUUAAAUUCACUUUGAAUUCUCACUUUAGUUAAUAACCCUGCAUGUAACACUGUACCUGUAAUAAUGAUUUCAGCCAGCAGAGGGAGUUGCCCUCAUUGUUUGGAUACAAUGUAACGCACUGCACAUGUACUGGUAAAUUCAGACAGCAGAGGGAGAAACACACAACAAAUCAGAGCUCAUUGUAUUUCAGGACUUGCCUCCUCUCCUCCCAGUUAUAGCCUUUCUUGUAGUGGUCAAACUUCACUUUCUUUUCCAGAACCGCUGGCAGCGGUGGGAGACACUAUGUAAGUAUUUCAUGAAAACUAGGAAUGAUCUGCUGGAGGGAUUUUAUGCUUCCAGGAACUAGGCAAUGCUCUAAAGCCAGGUAUAAGCAAAGAUGCUCUGGCAGAUGAGGAGUUAAUUCUCUCUCUCUUUUUUUUUUUUGGUGAAGGUAAGAUGCUCUGCAGGGAGAGAUAUGCUGUUCUGCAUUGCUCAAUAUUGAAACAAACACUGAAAUCCCCCAGAAAGGAAUGAGAUCAUAUUUUGUACACAAAGUGCAUGCUCUGCUGAUAUGAGUUGAGCUGCAAUGAUCUGCAGAUACAUUUUUACAAUAACAAUUGUUACUCUGGAAUGAGAUUUACAGUGCCUUGCAAAAGUGUUUACCCCCCUUGGCAUUUUUCAUGUUUUUUUGCUUCACAACCUGGAAUUAACAUGGAUUGGUUGAGGAUUUGCAUCGUUUAAUUUACAGAACAUGCCCACAACUUUGAAGAUGUUUUUUAAAAAAAAAAUUAUUUUUUAUUGUGAAGCAAACAACAAAUAGGAAAAAAUAACAGAAACAGUCAAUGUGCAUAACUAUUUACCCCCCUAAAGUCAAUACUUUGUAGAGCCACCUUUUGCGGCAAUCACAGCUCCAAGUCGCUUUGGAUAAGUCUCUAUGAGCUUGCCAUAUCUUACCACUGGGAUUUCUGACCAUUCCUCCUUGCAAAACUGCUACAGCUCCUACAAGUUGGAUGGUUUGCGCUUGUGAACAGCAAUCUUUAAGUCUGACCACAGAUUUUCUAUUGGAUUGAAGUCUGGGCUUUGACUAGGCCAUUCCAACACAUUUACAUGUUUCCCCUUAAACCACUCAAGUGUUGCUUUAGCAGUGUGUUUGGAGUCAUUGUCCUGCUGGAAGGUGAACCUCCAUCCUAGCCUCAAAUCACGCACAGAGUAGUACAAGUUUUGCUCAAGAAUAUCUCUGUAUUUAGCACCAUCCAUCUUUCCCUCAACUCUGACCAGUUUCCCAGUUCCGGCUGCUAAAUGGUGUUCUUUGGGUGAUGUGAUGUGUUGGGUUUGCGCCAGACAUAGCAUUUUCUUUGAUGGCUGAAAAGUUAAAUUUUAGCCUCAUCAGACCAGAACACCUUCAUGCAUACAUUUUGGGAGUCUCCAAAAUACCUUUUCGCAAACUCAAAACGUGCCAUUUUGUUUUUUUGCUGAAAGCAAUGGCUUUCUUCUGGCCACUCUGCCAUAAAGCCCAACUCUUGGAGCGUACAGCUUAUCGUCGUCCUAUGUACAGAUGCUUCAGUCUCUGCUGUGGAACACUGCAGCUCCUCCAGGGUUACCUUAGGUCUCCGUGCUGCCUUUCUGAUUAAUGCUUUCCUUGCCCGGUCCGUGAGUUUUGGUGGGCAGCCGUCUCUUGGCAGGUUUGCUGUUGUGCCAUGUUCUUUCCAGUUGGUUAUGAUAGAUUUGAUGGUGCUCCUGGGGAUCAUCAAAGAUUUGGAUAUUUUUUUAUAACCUAACCCUGACUUGUACUUCUCAACAACAUUGUCCCUUACUUGUUUGGAGAUUCCCUAGGUCUUCAUGGCAGUGUUUGGUUAGUGGUGCCUCUUGCUUAGGUGUUGCAGCCUCUGGGGCCUUUCAAAAAAGGUGUGUAUAUGUAAUGACAGACCAUGUGACACUUAGAUUGCACACAGGCGGACAUCAUUUCACUAAUUAUGUGACUUCUGAAAGUAAUUGGUUGCACCAGAGCUUUUUUUUUUUUUUGACAAUCUUUAUUUAUGUAUUCAGUUUUUCAAUUUUAAAAGGAGGGGUGUACAGAAGGAAAAAGGGUGGGAAGUCAAACAGUUAUUUGUAGUGCACCAAUGCAGUGAUAGACAUCCAUAAUAGUAUAACAAUACCUAUUUCCAUGUUUACAGAUCACACAGUAGUUGAGAGCUGUGGGUAUGCCCAUUAUCUAGCGCUAUUCGACCUGUUCUGUAUCUGUGAGUGUCCUAUGUCUUUGAUAUUCUCAUACCCCCAACCAUUUGGGACUUCUUGCAGCUCAGGGCGUGAUAUUCAUGAGAAGGGUGUGGGGCCCUGCCAGGGGCAGGUAUGCAGAGGCCGUAUGUGUGGGUGGGUCUGCUUGUGGCGGGGCUUCCUGGCAGGUGUUUGUUUAGGGUUUUUCAAAUGUUGUGGAUGGGGUAACCUGACCCGCCCCACCUGUGUCCAGGUGCACGAACCCUGUAAGGUACGUCCUUUUCUGUGGUUGGGGGGGCAUGAGUAAGAGAUAUGUCCCGUGGGUGUGUGAGCCCAGUGGGGGGUAUUGCAUGUGUGUUGUUGGGUUGCUUCUGGGGCUAAAAGCAGUGGGGUCUAUUGUGCGGUGAACCUUGCUUAUGGGCCAUUAGCUUUUUGGGCGUUUAGGGUAUCUUGUGUGUUUCUGUCCCUUAAUAUCGCUUUUGUGGGUUCUAUCUACUGUCCCUCUAUGGUUCCGUGUUUGGUAUGGUAUGUCUGUACAUGUUCUCAUGGAUUGAAUGUCUCAGUCUAGUACGUGGUGUGGGGUGGUCUAGUCAAGGAGUAGUCAAGAGGGUGAGGGGGUUAUAUGGGGUGGGGUGGCGGGAGCAGUCUAGCUGGGAAAAAGAGGAAGCAAGAUUAGGAGCAAGGCGGGAGAUGGGGCACCAGAGCUUUUUAUGUGCUUGAUAACAAAGGGAGUGAAUACAUACGCACAUGCCAAUUUUCCGUUUUCUAUUUCUAAAAAAUAGUUUUAUGUAUAUAUUUUUCUCAUUUCAAUUAACUAACUUAGACUAUUGUGUUCUAAUCCAUCACAUAAAAUUCAGAUUAACAAAACAUUUAAUUUAAGGAUGUAAUGUAACAAAAUAGGUAAAGAAAAGUCAAGGGGGUGAAUACUUUUGCAAGGCACUGUAUAAGGUUUUACACUCCUAUGGGUAAGCAAUAUUAAUGUUCAGUUUAUAUGUUAAUAAAAAACCCAUAGUAAUGAGCAGUGUGACCGCAUCGGUAUAAAUACUUGGAGUGUGUCAGAGUGGGUCAAAUAUUAAUACCCACUGGACAUUACUAAGGAAUAGGCUAAGGCUUCUGAAAUAUAAAUAAUGAUGGCUGUACUUUCCUGCAGGUAUCGCUGGGUUUUCUUGCUUUUUGGAUUUGCAACCUGCUCCACAAACAGGAAACCGCUAUACGGGAUCAUCACGUCCCCCAAUUACCCCAAGCCGUACCCCAAUAACAACAAAACUACCUGGGACAUUGCAGUUCCUGAUGGAUAUAAGAUCUCACUAAACUUUUUGACAUUUGUCAUCGAACCUUCAGAGAAUUGUCACUAUGAUUAUGUUAAGGUAUAAAGAAACACAACUGUGUGACAUACAACCAUGGACGGUGUGGGUGGCAAUAGCACAGACUGCUUGGGUGACCAUGGACUACAUGUGAUGGAAAGCUAUGGACUGCAUGUUUAUAUGUGUAUUAAGCAGGAGCAGUAAUAGCUGAGGGAUGGUCACAAAUGAUUGAUAGAUAGUUGAAGAUGAUGAAGUGAUAUGGUCUAAGGUAGCAGCCAGGUUCUAGGUGGGUCCGUUGAAGUACCUUCCAGAAAGGACAUCGAAAUGCCCAAUGUAAAAAGCUUACAGGAUAGAAUUUUCAAGAUAGAUAGUAAUGAAACUGUGUGUGAUGAUGUAAACUGUGUUGCCUCGGUAGUGUAGGUGGAGUUACUCACGUGCCACCAUGGGUUUCACGGGUGUUUGCAUCAGAUGUGUGCAGAGGCUAAUUGAAAAGUGGUUGACACAUUUUUACCAGGCAAGCCUGUGGCAUCAGUAUUGCAGAUACACUGUUUGACAUCUGCUUUUAUAUUCAGAAGUGGCAUCAGUAAUAAGCAAGCUCAAAGAUGGGGGUAGGUGGCCACCCCUUGCCUCCCUGACAGACGUAAUGCUCCAAACUGUGCUUAACAUAAACCCAUUAACUGUGACUGUAUAGGGCAUAAAAGUUUAUUUUUGAUAAAAUGCUUCAUACAAGGAGCCAUCCCUAUCUAACCCUGCUAUUUGUUUCUUUCUCUUCCCACUUGUAUAAUCUGUUUCAGGUGUUUGAUGAUAAGAGAGAGUUGGGGACCUUCUGUGGCCAUCCGCAGUUCAGAUCUCAUCCAGGUCAACGUCACUUUUUGUCUCAACGGAACCAAAUGAGAAUUGAGUUUAAGUCCGAUUUUUCCAAUGAUGAGAAUGAUUCCGAUGACCCAUACUCAGGCUUCCAGGCAUACUAUCGUGCAAUAGGUAAGUCCCCAGAGCACUAGAAUGAGUGGCAGCCAAAAUAGCACAUCAUUUUUGAAGAUGCUGCAGUGUGUCUUUUAUGAAAUGUUAUGCACUGUUGACUGUUCUAAUGUGGUUGGAGAGAUAGUCUUGACCUCAGCAUCUGCUAUUCCAACCAUUGGUGAAGCAGAUACUAUAACAACUCAAAUGGGCAUGGUUAUGGCCAUCCAGCAGACAUCUUGCCUUAUCCAGAUUGCUCUAAGACCAUAAGUACACCCAAACCACUUAUUCUGAAUUAGAAUACCAGAGUUAUUCAAUAAAAUCCAAAUUGUAGCAAAUUGAAGUCUGAGUUGCCAGUUGAGGCUAGAACUGCCAGUUUGUGAAUACAGCCAAGUUGGACAAUCUCUCCAAAUCAGCUAUGUUUGCUUAAAUGUUUGCUAUAUCAGUUUCAAUUUGAAACAGUCGGAUUUAAUAAAAUAACUCUGUCAGUGUACCAGGACCAUAAAUGGGACACAGAAACAUCCUAAUAUACAAGACAUAACUUCCAACAGUGAGAGGUAUGUCAUCAGGAGUGGAUAUGUGGGGGCAUAGUGUGGUCAAUAUUCACCCAGUGAUGGUUACUGAAUAAAGACUGUCUUUUUCUCCAUGACAUUCAAUAUAUUGACAUUGUCUCAGAUUGUUCUCCUGUCGCUGUCACUCCUAUUUUGUACUCUCUUUCUCAGACAGAAACGAGUGCUCACAGUCAGAUGAUAACAGUGUAACAUGGACCUCUCCGUGUGAGCAUCACUGUCAUAACUUCAUGGGAGGUUAUUUCUGUUCCUGCAUGAGAGGAUACAAACUGCAAAGUGAUCAAAGGAGCUGCAAAGGUGAGAGCUGGCUAUUGUCCCUUUGUGUAUUAUCCGCCACUACUCUCUGGUUUAAUCAUUGGGACCAUGGGAAAAUGCCCUCAAAUAAAUAAAGGAGACCUUGACACAAAGUCUCCUAUCAUAAGCUAAUGUAGUUGCUGCAGUUUCCCAGUUCCCUAGUCAAUAUAACAUGUACAAAAAACAUCAAAUAAAAAAUAUUUCACAUAUACUAUACUAUCGCCCUAUUUACUUUAAAUGACGAAAGGGGUUAAAACCUGCCUCAACUCCUUUUCUUCUUCUCUGGAACUACACCGUCAGUUUUUUGUCACUUUCUCUAAACACUUAAUCUUUUCCAUCGCCUUCUUGUCACUGUCUGCCACUCAUCCACUUCUAUCACAUUCUGAUUUAUAUCUGUCCCUCCCCAAUCUUUCUAUCACCCUAUGGGCAUUAGCAAUAACCACACACAAUAUUGUUUAGCGGUUGGGGAAUGCUGUGAGGUAAGAUAGGCAGCUCAAAAACCCAAUCUGGAGUCUCUAUUUCCAAGCUAAAAUAGAAAAUACUUGCACGUAAAUGUGAGAGUAGUGCCUUGAGAUGUCCUCGGAUGGUAUAUGGAACGAGAGAAAGGGACAUAUAGUGUAUUUAAUUCCAAACAACAUACUACACUAUAUAUUCCUCCAGUGUCCCUUUCUCUUGUGCCAUAUGCCAUCUGAUGGCAUCUCGAGGCGCUACCCUAUAGUCACUGUAUACCCUCCCUAACAUUUUCCAACAACCUCUGAUUAAUGUCUGCAUUCCUAAACUAUUUCCAUCACUUUCUCAUCAAUAUUUCACCCAAUCCUUUCAAUUACCCUUUGAUCGUUGUUUGCUCUCCCAACAAUUUUCUCACCCUCUAGUCACUGUCCAUCCCAAUUCUUUAUGUCACACUAGGAUCAAUAUUUGUCUUUUAAUCUUCAUAUAGUCACUAUUUGUCACCCCCUAAAUCUUUUCACCUUGGUCUAAUUACUGUCUGCCCAAUAUUCUGUUGUUAUCUAGCCACUGUUUGUCACCCCUCAGUUCUUUAUUUUGACGUCUGUCACUCUCUCUUCUAAUCUUUUCCAUCAAUUGGCAGUCACUAAGUCACUCGUUAUUCAAACCGCCACCCCAACGCUGUCUGUCACCUCCAUGUCUGUUCCAGUUAGUAAAAUGAUUGUUCAUCAGGUUUCGUUUUUAACUUUCUUAGAAAGACAUAAAAUACAAUAGAAAAAAAAACCCAGUUGAUGAUAUCCCCUAUGUGUCCACUGCUCAUUGUCGAACCAUUACAUAUUGAUGUUGAUCUUUUAUUCCAGUUGAGUGUAGUAAUGAGCUGUACACAGAGGAAAGUGGGUUUAUUUCCAGCCCGGGAUAUCCCAAGCCAUACCCUGGUGAUCUACAGUGUAACUACAGCAUUCGCCUGGAGAAAGGUCUUGUCAUCUCCCUCAAGUUCCAUGACAUUUUUGAGAUUGAUCACCACCCUCGGGUCCACUGUCCAUAUGACACUCUAAAGGUAAAAAAUAUAAAAAAAAUGCAUGAAGAAUUAUUUUACUUCUGUCUUAAUGCGUCACCCUACAGUCAGAAGGAUCUAGAUUUCUCAUAGCUUCCUUCCCCCAUAGAGACUGACAGAUUCAUUCUGACUCUUUCAUGUGCAAUACUCCAGAUCGCAUACUUAUGCUCUGUUUUUAUCACUUUGCUAUGCUAUAGACUUUAUUGGUUACACCAGGGGUGGACAAAGCUAGAUCCCCUGAUGUAGUAGAACAGAAAUCUUUAAGGCUGGCAAAGCAUAAAAGAGACCAUACUUGGGUCGCCUCCCCAUGUAACAUUGCCUUCUGUCUCAGAUCCUUGCAGGUGAGAAGCUCGUGGACAAUUACUGUGGUCGUCGCUCCCCUGGGACAGUAAAGACAGGCAGCAACAGUAUCGAUAUCGUGUUUGAAACUGAUGAUUCUGGAGACAGCAAAGGAUGGAAACUGUGGUAUUCUGCAGAACGUAAGACAUCAUAAUUUCUUUCUCUUCUACUGUUUAGAGGGUUCCUUAAGAUUUUGUUUUAUGACCUUGAAGUCCUAAACUCAACAUGCCACUGUCACUGUUAUUCACUAAUCAGUUUCACCUAGUUUAGCUUUGUGUUGACACAGAAAACACACAAAAUACAUUAAAAAAGGCAAAAUACAUUAAAAAAAAGGCAAAAUACAUACAGACAAGUUGCAGAAAGGGAAAACCAAUAGCUUUUGGGGAGACAGGUCUACACAGAAAGGAACGCUGGAGGGACCCAGAUACUUUAAAUAGUUAAGUGACUAUUCUACUAUUCCUUUAAAAAAACAAAUUAGAUAUCUGUCCCUUGUUUAGAAUGCAACUGGACAUUUUAGUGACCCCGUACCAAAACCUCCACUAUCAUUAUCCUUUCACACCCAUUAAUCUUACUCAGGUAACAGUGAUCUCAUUCUAACAGUGACACUAACUCUUUAAUACUAACAGUACUCCACUAAUCCUUAUCUUGGUAAUACUGGCUCCUUAAAUCUAAUACUACCCCACUAAUCCUAACCAGUUCAACAAAAUACCUUAAUGCUUGCAGUACCCCACUAAUUCUAACCUACUAACAAUAACCCCAUAAUAUUAGCACUACCCCACUAAUUCUAGCCAGGUAACCAUAAUUCCUUAAUAGUCACACUACCUACAAUAAUACUAAUCAGAUAACAAUAACCCAUUUAUUCUAACUCUGUCCCACUAAUAUUAACCUGGUAACAAUACCCACUUUAUUCUAACACUAACCCAGUAAUCUACCCAGUUAGCAAUAACUCCUUAAUUCUAACAAUAUCCUACUAAUCCUAACCAGGUAACAAUAACCCCUUAAUACUAACAACUAAUUCUAACCAGUUAACAAUAACCCAUUAAUACUAACAAUACUCCACUAAAACUAACCAGUUAACAAUAACCCCUUAAAACUAACAAUACCCCACUAAUCCUAAUCAGUUAACAAUAACCCCUUAAUACUAACACUACCCCAUUAAUCCUAACCAGUUAACAAUAAACCCUUAAUACUAACUAUACCCCACUAAUCCUAACCAGGUAACAAUAACCCCUUAAUACUAACACUGCCACACUAAUCCUAACCAGUUAACAAUAGUCCAUUAAAACUAACAAUAGCCCACUAAUACUAACCAGUUAACAACAACCCCUUAAUACUACCACAACCCCACUAAUCCUAACCAAGAAACACAUACCCAUUUAAUGGUUACUCCAACUAUUAUAACCAUUACAACCCACUGUAGUGGUUAUAGUGCCCGGAGAACCCUGGUAUUGUUCACCAGUUUUACAGUGGUGUGCCACUUAGCUUGGUUUCGCCAGAUACCAAUCGGCAACGAAUGGCGACUGAAUGACAUCUGCAGAAGCUGGACGCCUGUACUGCUGUUCAUUAAUUGGCUGGGGUCAUAGUUAAGCGUUCUCUCCAAUAAGAUCCCUAUUUCUUCCUUGCAUUUUUCACAGAUGUCUCACACAAAUGAUCUGAAUUGAUCAGUAAAAGCACAGAUGCCCUCCAAAAUGUAAUGGCCUCCAAUUUUAUGGGGGCCUAAUAGCGUACAAGCAGUAGGGUAAAGCCCAAUUCUACAUGUUUAUUCCGAGUGCCCUACACUGCGCAGCCUUGCUCUUCAUUGCGUAUUAUAUCAAUGAACCAUGUGUCCUGCAAAUCUGCCCUAGCAACCACGUUUCAUAAUGCACAACAACAGUAUCACUUUAUAACAGGGGUUCUCAACGUUAGUCCUCAGGACCCCCUACCAGUCCAGGGUUUAGGGAUUACCUGGGUGUGUCUAAGGUGUUUAGAAAAAGAAAAAAAAACACCUUAGAGUCUAAGGUGUUUUCUUUCCCUUUUUCUAGACACCUGAGACACACCCAGGUAAUCCCCAAAUCCUGGACUGGUAGGGGGUCCUGAGGACUGGGUUGAGAACCCCUGCUUUAUAACCAUAUGCAAAGUUUACAAAGAGCAAAACAUGCACGGCUCAAGAACAUCAACCCUAAAUUGCAUGACCACUUAACUAACAUCUCUAAAGUGCCUCACUAAUUAUUACAUGUAGCAUGACUCCUUAAUACUAGCUCUACAUUCACUAAUCCUAACCGGGAUACACUAAUUCUGUAAUCCAAAUAUUUACCCACUAAUUGUAGGCAGACCCAGUUUAUUAAGUCUUCGUUGCAAAGUGUCACCUAGAUAACUAGAGACCUUGCGAAGCCACUUUUAUUCAUAAAAGUCUUUGGCUGCCAUUUUUUUAUGUCAUUUAGAAGUCUCUGGACGUCACUGUUUUUCCUGGAGGCCUCCAGCUGUCACUUGUGAUAAGACCAUGUCUCCAUGUCUUACUGUGUCCCCUGGGCCUAAAGUUUGUGGUCUCUAUAAACUAUUCCAAUCUCUGUCUCAUUGUCUUUUUUCAUAGCCAUCCAGUGUCCAAAUCCCGUUCCCCUGGACAGCUUCACCAUCAUCACACCAAAACAGAAUGAAUACCGAAUGAGAGAUUACAUUGUGGUGUCGUGCCAGACUGGAUAUAAACUCAUGGAGGUGAGUGUAAAACCAGGGAUGAGAUAUGAAAUAGGUGGCAUCAUUCAUGGUACAUUCAUGGUGGAGAACGUCACUGGAAGUGAAAGCCAACACAUGUUUGGCCCAGCAAAAGCUGAUCUAUUUGACUCUUGGGCAAGACGCUAACAAGGUUAUUUACUAAAUAGAGAAUUCAAAGUGAAUUUCAAAUUGAAGGCCAGAAUAGCCAAAUUGCAAGCAAACUGAGAGAAUUUUUCCAGUUUAGCUGUUUCACCUUAAAUUUGAAAUUUACUUUGAAUUCACCUUAAAUUCUCACUUUAAUGAAUAUCCAAGUAAAUAUAAAGACUAAAAACCCGGGUGAAAGAAAAAUACAAAACAAGGGGUUGCAUAAAAAAUUGCUUGUAUGGGUAUAUUACUAAAAAUGAGUGAAGAAUUCCUUGAUAACCUGAAGUUGUCAUUGAAAAUGGUGUCAAUACAAAGAAAUUCACUAAUCACAAGUUUCUCCUCCAGAAUAUAUUUGUUAACGCAGGUUUCAAUGUGUAAAAGAAAAGGAUAAAGUAGAAAAUAGAUUAAUAUUUUGGUUUUAGGUUUCAUAAAUUAUAUAAUUUGAUAUACUCUUAUCUGACAGUUUAACACAAUAAAUGCACCCCGUUAAGAGCCUGUGUUAGCGUGUUAGAAGAGGUGUCUCCUUCGCCAUUGAGUCUAUACAACGACAGCAGGGCAGAAAAAGGGACAGAGAUGUCUAGGUACAUGCUGGCAUCUAGAAAAUGGCCACUGACCGGAAACUGAAAACAGGAUGUUGAGACUCACACACAAAACAGUGUGUAAGCUGUUACCAAAGCAUGAGGUUUCAACAAUGAAGAUUUUAUCAAGACUUCCUUAUGAGAAAGUGAUUGGUAGACUGAUUGCAUCCUCCAUGGUUACUUGUUGUGUGUAUUGGAGGUAAUUGCUUCACCCAGUGUGGGUAAUAAGUCACUUCUGUUCCUUAUUAGACCUACUUUUCCUUUUUAUCUCAGUGUCAUGCAUGACAAAGGAUCCUCCAUAAGAAACCAAUACAUGCAUUUAAUAAAAAAAAAAAUGUGGAUUCUGUUUGGGAAUUUGGUAUUUACCAUGAGGGAAAAAAAGUUUUUGAUCCCCUGCUGAUUUUGAACGUUUGCCCACUGACAAAGAAAUUAUCAAUCUAUAAUUUUAAUGGUAGAUGUAUUUUAACAGUGAGAGACAGAAUAACAAAAAAAAUUCCAUAAAAACGCAUGCCAAAAAAGUUAUAAAUUGAUUUGCAUGUCAAUGAGUGAAAUAAGUAUUUGACACCUUCGACUUAGUACUUGGUGGCAAAACCCUUGUUAGCAAUCACAGAGGUCAGACGCCACCAGGUUUGCACACAUCUCAGGAGGGAUUUUGUCCCACUCCUCUUUGCAGAUCCUCUGCAAGUCAUUAAGGUUUCGAGGCUGCCGUUUGGAAACUCGAACCUUCAGCUCCCUACACAGAUUUUCUAUAGGAUUAAGGUCUGGAGACUGGCUAGGCCACUCCAGGACCUUAAUGUGCUUUUCUUGAGCCACUCCUUUCUUGCCUUGGCUAUGUGUUUUGGGUCAUUGUCAUGCUGGAAUACCCAUCCACGGCCCAUUUUCAAUGCCAUGGCUGAGGGAAGGAGGUUCUUACCCAAGAUUUGAUGUUACAUGGCCCUGUCCAUUGUCCCUUUGAUGCAGUACAGUUGUCCUGUCCCCUUAGCAGAAUGUUUCCACCUCCAUGUUUGACGGUGGGGAUGGUGUUCUUGGGGUCAUAGGCAGCAGUCCUCGUCUUCCAAAAACAGCGAGUUGAGUUGAUGCCAAAGAGCUCAGUUCUGGUCUCAUUUGACCACAACACUUUCACCCAGUUCUCCUCUGAAUCAUUCAGAUGUUCAUUGGCAAACUUCAGACGGGCCUGUACAUGUGCUUUCUUGAGCAGGGAGAACUUGCGGGCGCUGCAGGAUUUCAGUCCUUCACGCGUAGUGUGUUACCAAUUGUUUUCUUGGUGACUAUGGUCCCAGCUGCCUUGAGAUCAUUAACAAGAUCCUCCCGUGUAGUUCUGGACUGAUUCCUCACUGUUCCCAUGAUCAUUGAAUGGAGAUCUUGCAUGGAGCACCAGACCGAGGGAGACUGACAGUUAUUUUGUGUUUCUUCCAUUUGCGAAUAAUCGCACCAACUGUUGUCACCUUCUCACCAAGCUGCUUGGCAAUGGUCCUGUAGCCCAUUCCAGCCUUGUGUAGGUCUACAAUCUUGUCCUUGACAUCCUUGGACAGAUCUUUGCCAUGGUGGAAAGUUUGGACUCUGAUUGAUUGCUUCUGUGGACAGGUGUCUUUUAUACAGGUAACGAGCUGAGAUUAGAAGCACUCCCUUUAAGAGAGUGCUCCUAAUCUCAGCUCGUUACCUGUAUAAAAGACACCUGGGAGCCAGAAAUCUUGCUGAUUGAUAGGGGAUCAAAUACGUAUUUCACUCAUUGACAUGCAAAUCAAUUUAUAACUUUUUUGACAUGCAAUUUUCUGAACAGUUACUUGACAAAUUUUGCUUUUUUUUUUUUUUUUUACCUGCAGGGUGAUGUUGAGCACAGGGGAUACACAAUGCUUUGCCAGAGAGAUGGUACCUGGCAUCGACCAAUGCCACAAUGCGAAAGUAAGACCCUAAUAUACAGUCUGGGUCCCUAACAGCUGAAUUAACUGUACACACUCUCUUAGAAUUACUGUAUCUUACUGUAUUUAAAUUUAAAGAAACCCUAACCCAGUGGUAGGCAACCAUCGCACUCCAGAUAUUGUGGACUGCAUCUCCCCUGGUGCCAUGUCAGCAUUAUGGCUGUAAGAGCAUUAUGGGAGAUGUAGUCCACCGCAUCUAGAGUGCCGAAGGUUGUUUAACCCUGCCCUAAUUCUAAAAGUAACCCUAGCUCUAACCUUAUUCUAAAAAUGAGUUUAACAUAAAAAAAAUGCAGAAUGCUAAAGCAUGUAUGUGUGGAAUAAUGUUAGGGUCCUUUAAUUAUUAUUAUUUUCUGUCUCUCUGUCUAUCUAUUUAUCUGGCACUGCAUGGCUGCCUGAAUAUGCAUACAUCAUUUCCCAUUUUUAUUCUCUGAUUUCUUGCAGUUGUGAGCUGUAAGGAGCCUGAAAUUCUGCGGAAUGGACAGCUGGUAUUCCUGACCUCUCCAAACAAAUGGACUUACUUAUCUGUGUUUGAAUACAGCUGUGAUGCCCCAUUUUACAGCAUGCUGACCGCCACUGGCAGUGGUGUGUACGCCUCUCUCUUUUUUUUUUUGUUUAGUUUAUUUGCUUUUUAGUGUAGCAUAACUGCUUUCAAAAGUUCAACGGAGUGGUCCUCAUUCAGUGUGUUGAAUGAAAUGAAUGGAUUUUGUAAAAUGCCAAUCACACAGGCCAGCCCACUGAGGGCAGAUCAUGCAGAGAGUACUGUUUCAUCUAUCUACAUGAUCCAAGUGCCUUUGGCGUAGUGCGACCGCGUACAAUGAUGUGCAUGCACUACACUUUUUGGUUUUAUUCACUAAAUACCAAGUUAUAGAGAACUGAAAAACAAAUAUCAGAGCACAGAUUAUAUUUUUCCCCAUUAGCAUUGGGUAUCCCUCUGGGCACAUUGACACUACGUUUGGCAUCUUGCUUGCUUCUCUGACUUGGGCCUUUAUCAAGUAGAAUUAAGUUAUGCCAUAUUCUUUUGAUCUUUUAAUUAUGGAGGCCCAGCUUUGUGGAGGGCCUGAGUUGUAGCUGCACCAUGGACAGUUUCUCACAUCUUUCAGUUUGCAUAUACAAUCGACAUUUUGAAUGCUUCUCUAAUUUAUGCUCUCUUUACCUGGUAAUAGAGUGUAGGUGGACAGAUUUAUCUUUCUGACGGUCAAAAAUACGGGGUGGUUUUUAAUAAACCAUCCCAGAUAGUGGAAGGUCAGGUAGGUGAAAGGUACUUAUUUUGGGAGGAAGUAAUUCUGGAAAGAUUCUUGAGGUCAGGUGAGUUGGACUUAGUGAGACUGAACAGGAGCAGGGCAAAAUAGUGGGGGAGAGAGUCAUGUGUAAAUUGGGUCCCUCUGUGAACUUGGUUGGGUCUGUAUGAGAAAUGUAGUCAACUGCAUAUGGUUUUUUGGUGGAUAAAACAAAGAUAAAGAUAAAUCAGUGAAGCAGAGAAAAAUGAUUUUCUUUAUAGUGAGACCUUUUCUGUGGGUUUCUCAGUGGUCUCUGUGUAGAUGACAAUAAUUAAUUCAUAUCUUAUGUCUUCAGCAUCUAUCCAGUAACUGUUGAACAUGUCAUCAUUUUCAUGGGUUGCAACAUUUUAUGUGUUUAUUUCUUUCCUGUUUCUGAACUUAAAGAAGUUUCUUUGAUUCGACCAACUGUCUUAUGCAUUUAUUUGCUCAUUAUUAGCUCUUGGCAAGGAACCAUAAUACAUUUCUCAUGUGGCUAAUUUCUAACCCAGAAAGUGAACUGUUUUGAUAUUUAUAUCUGCAGAAAUCUCUGAUAAUACCGAAUUUUAAUCUUCCUUCCAGCAAAAUUCACAUGUUCGGCACAACGUAAAUGGACUGAUGAGAACGGGGGAGAUCAGCCACCACGGUGUAUCCCAGGUAAUAAAUACGUGUGUGUUCAAGCAUGGAGUGAGAAUCAAAUCAACAAUAAAAAAAAAGAAUACAAUAAAAAUAAUUUGCGGUCACAGAGGCCGCACUUCGGAAUGCGUUAUAUAUAGUUUUAACAGACUUUUUCAAAAAUUUGUUUGGAACAGUUUGUCCAAAUUAAUUUUUGUUUUACUCCAUGCCCAUAUGAAUUGAUUCAUCUGGGAUUUACUUGUAGAAUCUGGAUCAAUGAAUAAGACUUCGCAGGUAAGUUGAUUAAUUCGGGCAUGGGUUAAAAGGAAUUUGAUUUGGACAAACCGGCUUAAGUCUAUUUUUUUUUUUUUAUUCUUUAUUUUCAGAAGGCAAAAUGUAACAUUUACAAUCCCAUUCACACAUGUUAUACUUAAUCUUUAAAAGCCUUUUACAUUCUAUUACAUUGUCUAAUACUUGACUAAUAAGUCUAGUUUUUAAAACACUUUAGUGUGCUUUGGUCCAUAAAAGAUUGUAAACUACCAGUAUAGGAUAAAGAUCUUGAUAUACCCUUUGAGUGACACCUUCUUAGAAUUGAAGUAGACAAUUAAAACGAGGUGGAUUUCAUAUUUUAGCUUUAAGUUUGACUCCAACCAAGAGUAUUUAUAAAACCUCUUAUUGUUCUCUCUUUGUUCUCAGUGUGUGGCAAGCAGUGGGUACCUCCUGAUAAGCCCUAUAGUCGAAUCAUUGGUGGGGACUCUGCAAAAAUCGGAAACUUCCCGUGGCAAGUCCUUCUGAAUAGAAAUGGACGCAGUGGUGGAGCAGUUAUUGGCGAACACUGGGUGCUAACAGCAGCUCAUGUACUGUGGGAUAAAAAAGCAAGUUCUUCUUCAAAUAUUUUAAAUAAAGACCCCUCUAGUAUCAACCUCUUCUUGGGGGGAGUGAGUGUGGAUGAACAAAUUAUGCAAGGGAGCUAUGCAAUCGCAGAUUAUCAUUUUCAUCCUGAUUAUAAUCCUGAAAACUAUGACAAUGAUAUUGCUUUAAUUAGAUUGGAAUAUCCUUUAGUUAUGAACCUGAAUGUAUCCCCCAUCUGCCUUCCUGAAAAAAAUGAUUUUUUACUAUACGAGGACAAUAGAAAAGGCUAUGCGAGUGGAUAUGGAGAUACUGGGAAAAACAAGAUUGCAGAUACUCUGCAAUAUGUGACUCUGCCCGUAGGCAAACGGACAAGUUGUCAUGACUAUCUAAAGAGAAAGAAAAAAGAGGUGAUGAAAAUAGAUAAAUCCAAAGAAAUCUUGUUUUCCGAAAACAUGUUCUGUGCUGGAUAUCAAGAGAGUGGAAUGGGAGAUUCGUGUCAAGGGGACAGUGGGGGAGCAUAUGUUACAGACAUAAAUGAAACCUGGGUGGCUACAGGAUUAGUGUCAUGGGGAAUCAGCUGUAGCAGAGGCUAUGGGUUUUACACUAAAGUCAUUAAUUAUGUAGACUGGAUCCUUGGGUACACAGGAAAACUAGCAGUCUGA